AUGCCGAAGGAAAUAAUUACGCUGCAGGUCGGCCAGUGUGGCAACCAGAUAGGCAUAGAAUUCUGGAAGCAGCUCUGCGCGGAGCACGGAAUCGACCAGGACGGACGACUCAUAGGCAACGCCAAGGAUCAUCAGGACCGCAAAGAUGUCUUCUUCUACCAAGCAGACGAUGAGCACUACAUUCCACGAGCGGUGCUCUUCGACCUUGAACCGCGUGUAGUACACGGCAUCAUGGUAAUGUCGUUUUAUACUUAUGCAUUCCACGCGCAGACAUCGGAAUACCGAGGUCUCUACAACCCAGAGAACGUGUUUCUGUCUAAAGACGGUGGUGGAGCGGGUAACAACUGGGCUAGGGGGUACGCUUCCGCAGACCGAGUACAAGAGGAGCUGUUUGACAUAAUAGACCGCGAGGCCGAUGGAUCGGAUUCUUUGGAGGGUUUCGUGCUUUGUCAUUCGAUAUCCGGAGGUACCGGUAGUGGAAUGGGAAGCUACAUGCUGGAAAUGCUGAACGAAAGGUACCCAAAGAGGCUUAUACAAACCUACUCCGUGUUCCCGCAUCUCACCACGGAAACGAGUGACGUUGUCGUGCAGCCUUACAACAGCAUUUUGACGUUGAAACGGCUGGCUCUCAACGCGGACUCAGUUGUCGUGCUGGACAACGCAGCGCUCAAUCGCAUACUCGUGGAAAAGCUCAAGGUUACCACGCCUUCCAUACAGGAAACAAACUCGCUGGUGUCGAAUGUUAUGGCCGCAUCGACCGCCACGCUUCGGUACCCCGGCCCCAUCAACAACAGUUUGCUCGGCCUGGUGGCCUCCCUCAUCGCAGUUCCACGAUGCCAUUUCUUGGUCACGUCCUACACCCCUCUCACACUCGAGAAGCACGUUUCGACCGUACAAAAGACCACCGUUCUAGAUGUUAUACGGCGACUGUUCCAGACGCAAAAUAUCAUGGUAAACCCAGCAAUAACCCAAACAACGCAUCACCUGCAGAUGUCGGCGCCGAUGAAGGACGGACUUUACAUCUCCGCUCUAAACGUCAUUAUGGGAGAUGUGGACCCCAGCGAGAUACAGAAGAGCCUCCAGAGGGUUAGGGAACGCAAACUAGUUGAGUUCAUUAAGUGGAACCCGGCAUCAAUACAAGUGGCACUGUCCAAGCAGUCACCUUUCGUGCCACAGCAACACAAAGUGUGCGGGUUGUUAUUGGCGAACCACACAUCUAUCGCUGGACUGUUUCAACGGUGCAUACAACAGUUCGACAAGCUUUACAGCAGAAGGGCCUUUCUCGACAACUACAAGAAAGAGGCGAUGUUCAGCAGCCCAGACGGACACGGCAACUUCGAGGAAAUGGAACAUUCCAGGGAUAUCACGCAGCUGCUCAUUGACGAGUACAAACGAGCAGAACAGGACGACUAUUUUGACAUGGGAUGCCAACUGUAA